AUGUCGAGCAUAUACGUGCUCGAGCCGCCGACGCAAGGCAAGGUGGUGGUUACCACCACGUUGGGCGAUCUCGAUAUCGAGCUCUGGCCUCGUGAAGCCCCGAAAGCGGUGCGAAAUUUCGUGCAGCUGUGUCUGGAGGGGUAUUACGACAAAACCAUCUUUCACCGCAUCAUAAUUGGCUUCAUGGUGCAGGGAGGCGGCCCUACAGGAUCAGGCACGGGGGUCGGGGGCGGGGACCCCACAGGAUCCGGGACAGGGGGCGAGUCGAUCUAUGGAGAGCCUUUCAGGGACGAGUUCCAUUCUCGCCUGCGCUUCUCCCACCGCGGCCUUGUGGCGUGUGCCAAUGCGGGUGCGCCCCACAGCAACGGCAGCCAGUGGUUCUUCACUCUGGAUCGCUGCGACUGGCUGGACAAGAAACAUACUAUCUUUGGCAAGGUGGGUGGGUCACCAGCUUUGGUAAGGCAUGGUAUGACAGGCAUGUGUGGGCGGGUACGAGUGCUGGUGCAUCGAGGCGCCAACGCAGGCAUGCCCCACAGCAACGGCAGCCAGUGGUUCUUCACUCUGGACCGCUGCGACUGGCUGGACAAGGAACAUCCUAUAUAUGGCAAGGUGGGUGGGUGGGUUGCUGUUUCUAGCAAGAUCACAGGAAACACCAUCUUCAAUGCGGUUCGACUGGGGGAGGGUGUUACUACUGAUGGCUAUGACAGACCUCUUUCCCCUGCUUCCCUCUUUGUUACUACUAUCACAGGGGACACCAUCUUCAAUGCGGUGCGACUGGGGGAGGUGGAUACUGAUGACAACGACAGGCCGUUUGACCCACCAUCGAUUAUCAGCGUGGAGGUCAUCUGGAACCCAUUCGAAGACAUCGUCCCCAGGACACUGCCUGCAAGACAGCAGCAAGAAACCAUGGCGAAGAGCCGGGGCAGGGACAAAGAGAAGCGGCGGCAGCAGCAGUCUCAGGUCAAAGGAACCAAGCAGUUGAAUCUCCUGUCGUUUGGAGAGGAGGCGGAGGAGGAGGAGGCUCAACUGGAGGAAGCUAAUUUGAGGAUGAGGAGCAGUCACGAUGUGCUCAAGGACCCUCGCCUGCUGGCUGAGACAGCAGAGGCUGUUCAGCAAAAGCUGGCCGGACGGGGAGGGGACGCAGAGGGGGAAGAGGAAGACGAGGAGAAUGGGCGAAGAGAAGGGGGGAGAGAAAGGGAGAGGGGAGGGGGUAGAGAAAGGGAGAUGCUUGUUAGAGGGAGAGAUGGUGGCAGACAAGGGGAGGGUGCUGACGGUGAGGGUGGGAGCAGGAGAGGCAGGAAAGGGGAAGAGACGGGUGGAAAGAGGGGGAAUAAGGGCAGUUCAGUGGGUCCUGAGGAAGUAAGGGGGAGGGAGAGAGGAGGCAGGGAGGAGAGCGGAGGUGAGGGAGAGGGGCAAGGUGAUGGUGAGGAAGCAAGUUUUGAUGAGCUGAUGAGGAGAAGGGUGUUGGAAAAACAAAGACGGUUUGGGAAGCAUGGGGUUGCGAGUGAGGGGGGGCGGAGAGGGGAAAAAACAGGGAGAGGAGGAGUGGGAGAUGGAGGGGAGAGGGAGGGGAAAGGUGCAGCGAGGAUCCAGGAUGGGGCUGGCACCAGGGAGCAGGCAAAAGGGGGACGAGCGAAGGAGGAACGAGGAAAAGGGGAGGAGGAUGAUGAGGAUGGGAGUGGUGACAGUGAUGGUAGUGAUGGGAGUGAUGAUGAGGAGGGAGGGAGAGGAGGGAAGGGGAGGGUGAGGGUGGAGAAGCUGCGAUUGAGGAAAGGGGCGAAGGGAGUGGGGAAGGGAGGAGGGGAGGGGGGAGGAGGGGGAGGUUCAGCGGGAGGGGGUUUGCUGGGGGAGGAGGAGGAGAGGCGGCAGCAGAUGAGGCAGAGGAAACGAGCUCUGGGGUCCAGACAAGAGAAAACGCUUGAGCUUCUGAACCGCUUCAAGUCCAAGCUAGCGGCUUCCAAGACAACGCUUGAGCUUCUGAACCGCUUCAAGUCCAAGCUAGCGGCUUCCAAGACAACGCUUGAGCUUCUGAACCGCUUCAAGUCAAAGCUAGCAGCUUCCAAAACAGUGCAGCCGAGAGAAACACGCACGGACGAAGACAAGGAGGAGGGUGCAGAUGAGGGGAGAGCGGACAGAAGAGAUAGGGAGAGGGAAGGAGAGAGAGGCAGGGACGGGAGUAACAGCAGCAAGGAGGGCAGCAGAAAGCGAGGGUUUGUUGGUUCAGAGGGGAAGGGACCGGGAGCGGCGGCAUAUGGGCCGGGGGGGAAGGCGAGGCAGGAUGUGGGAGGGGAUGGAGAGGAGGAGGACGAGGAGGGUGGGGGCGUUGAUUGGAUGGCUCACCGGCUGAAGUUUGAAGUGAAGAGGAACAAACGGGACGAGAUGCUUCGCAAUGAUGACCCGGAUCAGUACGCGGUGCACGAUCCGCUGCUGGAGAAGGGAAAGGAGAAGUUCAACAAGAUGCAGGCCAGGAUGAAGAAGAGAAACCGAGAGUGGGCGGGCCGGUCGCUGGACUGA